GGGUUUUGUGUUUGGAGUGUUGAAUAUGACAUUAGUUCUUGCAAUAUGUCCUUCAAUAAUGUUCUUUAGGAAUUUUUCAGUGGUUUUGCUUUAGCUGAUAUGAGAAGAGAAGCUACUCUUUUUGACAGAUUUUGUGGUCCUACAUUGAUCUAAAGCUAUUCUCUCUGAACACAAUGAUGUUGCCUAGCUAUGAUCCAAAUGACAAUGAAGGUGGAAUCAAGCUUUUGGAGGACUUGACCAUGAAUGCAUGUCAGAUACAGAAUCAGGUUUUAGAGGAGAUACUAUCAGCAAACGCGGAUACGGAAUAUCUUAAAGGGUUUCUUGAAGGCAAAUUGGACAAAGAGAGUUUCAAGAACAAUGUCCCAAUUGUCAACUAUGAAGAAAUCAAGAGUUAUAUUGAGAGAAUUGCCAAUGGUGAGCCUUCAGAUAUCAUUUCAGCUGAACCCAUCACUGAACUCCUCACAAGCUCAGGAACUUCCGGUGGCCGGCCAAAGAUCAUGCCUUCAACUGCUAAAGACUUGGACAGGAAGACAUUCUUUUAUAACCUCCUUGUGCCUGUGAUGAACAAAUAUGUAGAUGAUUUGGACCAAGGAAAAGGAAUGUACCUUCUGUUUAUCAAACCCGAAAUCGAAACUCCUUCUAGUUUAAUGGCAAGACCAGUACUUACCAGCUACUACAAAAGCAUUAACUUCAGAAGCAGAACCUUCAACAGGUAUAAUGUCUACACUAGUCCUGAUGACACCAUAUUGUGUCCUGAUAGCAAACAGAGUAUGUACUGCCAAUUACUUUGCGGAUUAGUCCAACGCGACGAGGUUUUACGGGUUGGUGCAGUAUUUGCUUCUGCUUUUCUGAGGGCUAUCAAAUUCUUAGAAGAUCAUUGGAAAGAAUUAUGCACCAACAUAAGAACAGGUCAAGUUAGUGACUGGAUCACAAAUACUGAUUGCAGGAAUGCUGUAUCUUUGUUUCUGAGCAAACCCAACUCAGAACUGGCUGAUUUGAUUGAUUUUGAGUUCAGUGGGAUAUCUUGGGAAGGGAUAAUUAAGAGACUUUGGCCUAGAACAAAGUACAUUGAAGUCAUUGUUACAGGCUCUAUGGCUCAAUAUAUCCCAACACUUGAGUUCUAUAGUGGUGGGCUCCCUUUGGUAUCAACUAUGUAUGCUUCAUCUGAAUGUUACUUUGGCAUUAACUUCAAGCCACUAAGCAAGCCUUCUGAUGUCUCUUACACUCUAAUCCCAAAUAUGGCCUAUUUUGAGUUCUUGCCUGUGGAGAAAAACCAUGAAGAAACUAGUAUUUCUGAUAGCCUUUGUAAUGGUGUUUCUGAUCAUAAUUGCAUGCCAAAAGGGGAAGAUAAGGAAAAGAUAGAAACUGUUGAUCUGGUGGAUGUAAAGCUUGGUCAUUAUUAUGAACUUUUAGUCACAACUUAUACAGGUUUGUAUAGAUACAGAGUUGGGGACAUUCUAAUGGUCACUGGUUUCCACAACAAUGCUCCACAAUUCCGAUUCCUUUACCGGCAAAACGUGGUUUUAAGCAUUGAUACUGAUAAGACCAAUGAAGAAGACCUCUUGAAUGCAGUGACACAAGCAUCAGCUCACCUUGAGCCUCUUGGGUUUCUGCUAACUGAGUACACAAGCUAUGCUGAUACUUCUGAGAUUCCAGGACACUAUGUAUUGUUUUGGGAGCUUAAAAUGAGAGAAAAGAGUAAAAUGCCAGAGCUCGACCCGAUUCUAAUGGAGAAAUGCUGCUCCACUAUAGAGGAAUCAUUGGAUUCAGUGUACAGGAGAUGCAGAAGAAAGGACAAUUCAAUUGGAGCUCUCGAGAUAAGGGUGGUGAAACAUGGAACAUUUGAUGCACUCAUGGAUUUCUGUGUCUCUCAGGGUUCCUCUGUUAACCAGUACAAGACACCCAGGUGCAUUAAAUCUGAACAGGCCUUAAAGAUUCUGGAUUCAAGGGUGGUGGGGAGGUUUUUCAGCCAGAAUCUUCCCUUCUGGGAGCCUUUGAAUAUGGCUUGAUCUGUGUUAGAGUACUCAUGGCAACUAGAUUCAUGUCUUGACUGGAUAUAUUUCGAUGGGCAGAAGUUCUUUUCUGGGUCUUGUUCU